UGGCCCCCCGAGGCCCCGCCCCCCAAGCCCCAUUGGCCCGGGCUCCGGUUUAAACUCGGAGGGCAGCCAGGGCUGAGGGAGAGAGUCCCUUCGCGCGCCUUACUUGGCCCAGAAACACGCAAGAGGUUGAGAGAGAGAGAAAGAGAGGAGUGCGUCCUAGGCUCAGCUUCUCCAGACUCGCCUGCAGGAGGAGGAGGAGGAGGGAGAGGAGGAGGAGGAAGGGGCGGCAGGAGGGCUUGCUCCCUCCCUCCGUGGCGAUGAGCAGCCCCGAUGCGGGAUACGCCAGCAGCAGCGAGGACCCGGCGCAAGGACGGUGCGCGCUCCCCCCGCUCCUGAUGCAGUGCCAGUGGGCCGAGGCCCUGAGCCCCCUCCCCGCCGCCGAGGGACUCAAGGGCAAGGCGGAGGAGCACGAGCCCGGCCAGAGGCAGCAACAGCAGCAGCAGCAGCAGCAGCAAGGGCCGCCCGGCCGCGCCAAGGGGGAGGCCCGCAUCCGCCGCCCCAUGAACGCCUUCAUGGUCUGGGCCAAGGACGAGCGCAAGCGCCUGGCCCAGCAGAACCCCGACCUGCACAACGCCGAGCUCAGCAAGAUGCUGGGCCAGUCGUGGCGGGCGCUGAGCCCGGAGGAGAAGCGUCCCUUCGUGGAGGAGGCGGAGCGGCUGCGGCUGCAGCACAUGCGGGACCACCCCCACUACAAGUACCGCCCGAGGCGGAGGAAGCAGGUCAAGCGGCUCAAGCGGGGCGGCGAGGGCGCGGCCGAGGGCGGCGGGGGCGGCUUCCUGGCCGUGGCGCAGCCCCACCACCAUCACCACCACCACCACGCACACCAUUCCUUGCUGGAGGCGGGCAGCGAGGGUUUGGGGCUGGCUUACGCCGAGCAGCCCGGCUACGCCGCCGCGGGCUUCCACUACCGAGACUGCGCGCCCCUUCCACUGCCCCACUUCGCGGGCUACAGCCUGCCCACGCCGGAGCCGGACUCGCAGAACGGCACCUGCGUAGAGCCGGCGUUCCUCCCGCCUCAGCCCGAGGAAGGCGGCUGCGUCUUGGGCCCCUACGGCUACCCGACGCCACCGGGGGCCGAGUAUGCCUGCAGCAGCGCCCCUACCGGCGGGCACGGGAACGGCGGCCUCUUCCGGGGCCGCUUCCCGGUCCCGUUGGCCGCCUAUUCCGCCCAGGAGCCCGCUCCUUGCCGGCGCGGGGUGGAGCCCGCCGCGGGCCUCGAGCACCUGCCCGCGCACGACGUGGAGCUGCUGGCCGACGUCGACCGCGCCGAGUUCGAGCAGUACCUGCCUUUCGGUUGCCGGCCCAACGACAUGGGGCUCCCCUACCCGGCCCACGAAGCCCCUGAGGCCAAUGCCACGGCCAGCGCCUACUACUGCACAGGCGCCGGGGCUGGCGGGGCUUUCCCCGAACUCUGACUCUGGGCCAGAGCGGGAGGGGAAAGGAUAAGGACCCACGGACCUUAUUUAUUGUAAUUUAUUGCCUUGGGGGUUUAUCUCACUCUAGAGCUGGCUUGGGCCAACUUGGG